AUGAUAGUGAGGAAAUUAAUUUACGAUCAUUUUAUUGCUGGGGAAAAUGCCUCUCAAGUGAGAGCGAGUGUGGCUGCCAUGAAAAAGUUGGGCUUCAGUGGUGUUAUUUUGGGAUAUGCAAAGGAAGUUAAUGUUACGGGGGGAGAAGUUCAACGUGGGGAUGGGAUAUCUGUGAGCAAGGAAGUGGGGGAGAAAGCUAUUAGAGAAUGGAGGGAUGGUCUUAUGAGUACACUUUCGUUAUUACAACCUGGUGAUUUUCUAUCACUCAAAUUUUCCGGAGCUGGUCCUCUUGCUCUCCAUGCCCUUUCAAAUAAUCUUCCUCCACCACCUCUCGUCCAGGAGUCCAUGCAUCUCCUUCUCAAUACCGCUCGUUCACAAAAAGCCCGUAUCUGGCUCGAUGCAGAACAACAAGAUCUUCAACAUGGUAUUGAAAAAUGGACAAUAGAUCUCAUGCGUAUUUAUAAUACCGGUCCUAAGGCACUUCUAUACACUACCAUGCAAGCAUACCUAAAAGCUACACCCGCCAAUAUUCUCCACCAUUUACAGCUCGCUCAAGGAGAAAACUGGACUUUAGGCAUUAAAUUAGUGAGAGGUGCAUAUAUUGCUACAGAGAAAAGGGAUUUGAUUCAUGACACCAUCCAGGAUACACAUGCGGCAUAUAACAGUAUCGCCUCUAACCUAUUAGAAAAAUCCUACCCAGGUAUCACAACCAAUGAAAAAACAGCCUACCCACGCGCAGAACUAUUCCUAGCAACCCACAACGAAGAAAGUAUCAAACGGGCCUAUUCCAUCCAAAGCUCUCGAAUCCAUCAAAGAAAACAAACUAUAGAAUUAGCAUUCGGACAACUCCAAGGAAUGGCUGAUGAAAUUAGUUGUAGUUUAUUACAGUUGCGUCGAAAAGAGAAAUGGCACGAUUCGAAUGUAUCUCGGGAUGUGCAGAUGGCGUUGAAACCGAAGGCGUAUAAGUGUCUAGUGUGGGGUUCUACGCAGGAAUGUUUGCAGUUUUUGUUGAGGAGGGUUAGGGAGAAUGGGGAUGCGCUUGGGAGGACGGGGUACUGGGUGCGGGGGUUUAGGAGGGAGAUUUGGAGGAGGGUGAGGGGUGGAUGGGUGGCUGGGAAUGAAGUGCAGGGGGAAAGGAGGAGGGAAGCUUGA